AUGGAUUUAAGAAGGCGUAGAAUGCAAGCUUUGGAUGUAACAACAGGUUCAAUGGAAGCAGGAAAAGGACUUACAAAAAGCAUUGGCAAAUCACUUUUUCACACGUCUGUUGGUAUAUUUUGUUUAUAUAGCGAGGUGACUGAUACUCUCAGCAAACUUUCCUCGUUGUACGAUCCUUACCAUAUUUCGCGACCGCGUCCCAUUGUCACGGAUAUUGUAUCUGUAGAUAAGGCUGGUGGGCUGGUUGCAUGGCACGAUUUGAAAGACGGUGUUCAAGAUUUGUACAAGAAGCCGUCAAAAGGUGCAAAAGUACAUGGUCUCUUUGUUCGACAAUAUAAAGAAGAAUUAUUAUCAUUGUAUCCUGAAUGCGAUGUCAUCUCCAUGAACGAGACAAUUGUCUCGUUCAUGGAGAUGGGACAAUUUCACCGAGUCUUAAGACUCGGUGAAAUUAUUCCUUAUCAUCUCUUAGGAUCUAAUGUCCAUUCGUGUCGUCGCUACAUCACCCGGCAAUUACCAGCUUCAACUGCUGCUAAUCUGGCAUCAGGUACCACACCCUAUUUAGCACAAGUAUUGACCACAACGGCAAAUUUACCUUGUAAUAGUUGUUCAAAAUUACGUCAACAAUUAACGAUAUUAAUUUAUGAAAUGUUAAGCUUAGAAAAUACAAUGAAAUCAAAAAUAUGCGAAUAUGUUCAGCGACGUCUAACGGUAAGCAAUGCUCAGUAAUACAAAACAAUAUGUGCUGAAUACUGUAGUCGGCGAAACACCAAGUAAUAUACCCAUCAUUUUUAACACAAAACAAGUAACCAAUGGUAACGCUGUUCUGUGAUUCUAAGCAGAGCCGUUUUCCGCUUAAAAAUUCUUAGCGGACAACGAUAUAGUAGUAGUUGUGUUUGCUGAAAGGGAGAAACUGUGAACUUUAUAGACUUGAGCGGAUUUUAAAUUCUCUCAGAUCUCUUAAAGUCCGAUAAAGUCUCCGUAAGUCCGUCAAGUCCUCUAAAGUCCGCUCAGAUCUUUUAAAGAUCUGAUUGUAUAUGAAGUAUUGAUGACUGGUAUAUGAACGCCAAAAUCUCGAGAUCAUCGGACGACAAUAUCAAUCUUCAAAACUGGCUAUUUCUCAUAUCCUACCCACUUUUGAGUUCAUCUGUACAACAGCUAAGGAUCUUGUAUGAAAUGAGCUCAUAGUUUAUAGUAGAGGAGUACUAACACAAGAGAUAUAAAUGGGUUUUAAUACCAUAAUAUAUUUUUUAGGUUAAAGAAAAUUAUGACAGCAAAUUCAAUGAUAAUGAAUAAUCACUAUAGUAAUAAUGCUAACAUAUUGCUUCCAAUUGACAAAAAUCAUUCUAUUAUCAACACAUCUCACGCACAGCAACAUUUAUUAUUAAAUCUAUCAACAACAUCAU